UAGAGUUGCCUUGAGCAUGCGGGGAGGUUAUAUCUGAUGGCUUGUGUAGCUUCACUAGUUAGCUACAUGUAGCGUCAAGCUGUUCACUAGCUUUUUGAGCCAAAAGCUUGCUAAAAUUUCAAAGGGUUAUAAAUGUCAACACCAUUUUCGAAUACAGGAAGCGUGAAUAGGCUUGUCAGUUUUCUUGGUCUUAAAAACUGGAUAACCUUUACUGGUGUGGAUACUAAUCGCAUUCCCAAUUCAUUAGCCUGGAUAAAAGUUGGCAUUUGUCAAAGAUCGAAAUGGAUAAAAAUGGAAAAAAAGUUCGGAAUCAGGACAUUAACCCAUGCCUUGAAGAAAGUGAUGCCUCCCAUAAGUGUUUGGAUGCCCACAACUAUGAUAGGAGCAUGUGUUCAGCCUAUUUCCAGAGAUAUAAGAACUGUAGGAAAUACUGGCACAACAUAAUGCUGCAGAGAAGAAGAGAAGGUGUGAGACCCGACAUGCCCACUGCUGCAGAGAGGCAGGAGAUGCUUGCUGCUGUCGGAGGCAAACCAUACUGAGAGUCAUCAGGGGCCCACAGAGACACUAUGAAGACCAGUAGGCCCUGCGAAGCGGCAUCUGGCCAUCACAUUCUGGUGAUGCUAUUAUAACUGUGGAUCUAAAAACACUGAAGCAAGGUCUCAAGCUUAGGUCAUGUUGAUGUGGCCAUCUGUAACUGGACUCUAUUCUAAAAUAAAAUGGAAAGAGAGGGAAGUCACAAAGAGACCAGAUAUGAAAGUUUAUUUAUUGAGAUUAUUAACAAUCUGACAUGAACUGACACAAUAUGAAAUGAAUUAAAGAGCAUUUAAAGUAUUUUAUUUUUAUUUGUAAUAAAGAAAGUCCUGGAGCCUGUUCCAGAAAACAGGCUUAAUGAACUCUGAACCUAACCCUAACUGACUAACCCUGAAAUGAGGACAGAUGAUCAGAGUUAGUUCAGUUAAGUUUGAGUUAAGUUUGUGCAUGCUGAAUGAAAAAAAAAAAUCGAAAAAAAACAUCAAAAAACAAUCAAUGGAGCUUUGAUAUUACAACUCACCAUGGCAAUGGGUAAAUACAGAGCAGAGCCUCCUUUUUAAUCCAGUGGAACUAGAAUAUUAAUGUGACUAUUCACAUUAAUCUUUAAAAAAACAUAGCAGCAAUGAAAAAGCCUGAGUUGGAAUGGUCUACUCACUCAUUAUUAAGUAGACUAGACGUUCCUUAAUAGAUAAGAAAGCUGGAUGUUACAAUAAAUAAAAAAAAAAAAGUAGUAAAUAAAGUAUAAUUAUAGACUUAUGAUAUGAAAGUGCAUUAU